AUGGCUAAAACUUCUGCGUCUGGCACUCCUCGUGCACCCAAGCCCAAGCGUAUCAAGCUGACCAAAGGCCAGUCGAGUGCAAUCGUUCACGGUCUUUUGGGUUCCACUGGGCGUGGACAUGAGCUCUCCGUACCCGGCUCGCUCUCUCAUGCGCGAACGGCCAAGUCGGCUCCUGCGCCUGGUGUGACUGUUCUCCAAAGCAACCUGGGUACGGUGACCGAGUCCGAUUUUCGAUCCGCCCUGUCCAAACAAUUUCUCGGCGUCGCACCUCCGCUCUUGAGCGAUGCAGGUCGCUCAGCUCGUCCCUCUGCCGAAGAAGACGCCGAGAGCGUUGUCACCAGCGAGGCGCCUGAGCUCGCUUCUGAAGUGGACGACGAUCUCGAAGCUUCAAGCGCGCAUGCGGAAGAAGACGCGGAUACCCCGCUCGAGAAGCAGAAGCGCAAGUUAGAGACGGCCCACCCUAUCCUCGCCUGGCUGGAGAAGGACGACGUGUUCUUGCGCGAGAUGAUACGACGCAAGGGCCAGGGUGACGCGUUCGACCUGGAUACUUGUCCAGAUUGCGGCUCGGCCGGGCGUCCCGAAUACAGCUGCGGUGAAUGCGAAGCGGCGGACAUGUGCCGCGACUGCAUCGUCAAGUGGCACCGGUAUCAACCUCUGCACCCCAUAUUCCGUCACAGUGCUGGCAGACCCGAACGGCUGGAUCCUGCAGACCUCGGGCUCUGCAUUCAACUAGGACAUCGGCCCGGCGAGGCGUGUCGAUGGCGCGAGUCUUCGCACGUCGAUAACUUUACGAUACUCCACACCAGCGGGCUCUGUCGUAUACGGGUCGACUUUUGCAACUGCGACUUGGGCAAGGAUACGCCGCGAUACGUGCAGCUGCUCCGGCGCGGGCUUUGGCCUUCUACAAUCGAGAAUCCGCAAAGUGCUACCUCGUUACAGGCGCUGGACGACUUCACUCGGCUCUCCAACCUGGGGCGACUGACUGCGUACGACUACCACCGUGCGGCCUCUUCGAAGACGGACGGCGCAGGGCUCCGGGAGCUGCCCGACUUCCGUCAACAGUUCAUGACGUCCAUCCACGAGUACCGCCACAUAAUGCUCUUCAUGCGCGCGGGGCGCGGACACGAGCCGGGCGGUAUCAAGGGUACGCCGUCGGGGCUGUGUGCCGUUCGCUGCCCUGCGUGCCCGGACAAAGAUAUGAACUUGGAGAAAGGAUGGGCCUCUCGAGCGCAACAAUGGCUGAAUCGUGCCACGUACUCGCUUGACGCUAACUUCCGGUUGUCGAAUCGCCUCUCGAAGUCCAGCAACAAGACGGAUCCGUAUCUCAACCACGGAUGCGCUUAUAUGCCGCCUGCUGAGGACUAUCGCGCUCAUCUCGUUCAGAUGGACGAGGAGGAGAUCGAACAGCCCAGCGAUUGCUCGCGCUUCGGAGCCAUCAAUCAGGCCAACAUGAAGGCGGGCCGGGGGCUGAGAACGACGGGCAUGGCGGCAUGCACCUGCAAGCACGAGUUCUGGCAGCCGAACGGCAUCACGACUCUUCGCAAGGGCGAACGCUACGUCAGCGUCGACUACGCUUUCUGCGGUGCGAUGAAGCACAGUCGCGCGCCUACCGUGCUGGUCACGUACGACAUAGCGUGCCAAUGGCACAAGAAGCUUCACGAGCGUCUGGAGAAGAUCCCUGCUCAGCGCGAGAUCUAUGCGGGCGCGAUGGCGAUGUUGGACCUAAUCCUCAAGGACAAGGCGCUGUUCUGCGUCCCUAAGUUCCAUCUCUACGCCCACAAGCUGCUAUGUCAGAUCAAUUAUGCGAUCGGCUGGACUAUCGGCACGGGCGCGUUGGAUGGAGAAGGUUGUGAGCGGUGCUGGUCCGGGACGAACGGCGCUGCCUCUAGUUUGCGGGAGAUGGGUCCCGGUACGAUGCACGACACGAUGGAUGAUAUUUGCGGGUCGUGGAACUGGGUGAAAGUGUGCGGGAUGGGCAUCUCUCUCGCGGAGCGUAUGUGGCGUGCGGUGAUGGAGGGUCGCACGCAAAGCGCGAUCUUCACCGAAUUCACAGACGCCAUCAAGUCUGAAGAGCCGGAAGCGGUGGAGAUAUGGACGAAGAAGGUGGAGAACUGGGAGGAGAAGCCGAAGAAGAGCAAGAAUCCCUACCAGCCUGUGAAAAAAUCGGCCACUAUAAAGCAGAUACAGCUCGAAACUGUUCUCGCUCAGGGACACGCGACGACGACGUUGGCUUCCCAAGCAGGCAUAGCCGACGCCGCAGGUGCGAGCGGUGCGUCUUCGAGCUUGCACGCGGCGUUGGACAAGGACGCGGCAAAUACCGUCAAGUCGAAGGUCGCCAAGAGUGGUGCGAAGGGCAAGAGGGCUGGGAAGAAAGAUGCGGCGAGCAAGAGGGCUGGGAAGAAAGAUGCGGCGAAGAACGGGAAGGGAAAGAAGAACGAUGCGACGCCGUCGCCGAGCAUGGAGGGCGCGUCAGAGGAUGUGGAGGGCGUUUCAACGCCGGCGCAGCCCGCUCAGGAGGACGUGGAGACUGUCAACCCGACCGUCGGAGAUGCUGGUGUGGCGGAGAGUAGCCCGCCUAUCGUGACUGCGGGUGCUGAUGUCGGCGCCGGCGCUGCCAACGACGUCGGCGGCAACGCUACCCGGAUCAACAACAAACGCAAGGCGCCCCGGACUGACGGGGAUGACUACGUGCUGCCGGCCGCCGUCGACGUUAAGGAGUACGAAGAUGACGGAGAUGAUGGGCAUGGCAUGGAUGGGCCUGGGAGCGACACCGUCACAGCCGUCGACGUAGAUGAAGCCGUUGCGCAGGCGAAGUUCCUCCUGCGCGCUUUACAGAUCGAGAACGACCAGUACCGCUUGGACAAGAAACAAGACGAGAACGGGGAUACUCUGUCUCAAACGACGACCAGGACCAAGGCGCUGAACGCUUUGGUACGGGAGAUCGAACGGUUUCGCGACGAGCAGGAGCAACUGAUGCCUCGACUUCACGCCACGCUCACGACCGAGGAGCGUAAUCCCGAGCGUGCGACGGCGCUGGCGAUGAAGCUCUGGCUACCCUCGGACCUGCACGCCACAGACGACUGUUCCCCGGGCUCCCUACGCGCAUUGGAGAUCCGUGUGCGGUGGGCGGCGAUGUCGGACGAGUUGGAGAACCUGAUGCACCAGCUACGCUUGCGUGGGUGCCUGAACAGGUUCAAGAUCCUCAACAUUUCCGGCCAAAGGGCGAACACGCGCGCGAGAACGGCGCAGGACGCAGUGGAUGCGAACGUCAAGGCCGCGGCCAAUGCGUACAGGCGCCACCGCUCGGCGUAUUUCAACCUCGUGGGCCCUGGCGACUGGCAGAAGACGAUGAGGACGCUGGCGGACAGCGAUUGCCGCGGGCUGGGCGACCGUCUCAUCGAACAGAUCGAGGGCAUGUCGGUCAAGCAGGCUCGCGAGUUCGUAGCGCUACGGAAGGGAAGCUCAUCAUCCGGCGAAACCAAGUACAAGUUACCUUGGAUCUGGUACAGGAAGGGCAACCCGGAGGACGGCGAUGGACUGAAGAUCACAGACGAACUCAUGCUGGAGUGGCUCAAGAACCGCGCUCGCGCGCGGAACUGGGUGGAGGAAGUGUGGCUCGUGGAUGAGGAGAUGGGACGCGUUCUGCGCUUCAACGAGUCGGUCGCGCGUAUCUGGGAGGCGAGGUGCUACUCCACCAUCCUGGAUGGUGUUACGCCCGAGUCUUCGGAGCCGGAUGGCGCGGCCGAAGCGUCUUCAAGAAGCACAGGCGCGGUCGAAGCGACUGGGGCACUCGCUCGCGCAGGAGCUCUGGAUCAGCGCGACGGGCGGUUCGCACUCUGGGCGACAAAGCUGCGGUUGUCGCUCGCUGCCGACGCGCGCGGGGCUUGGGAUGCCGACGAAGCUUGGGCGAACGGGGUACGGGCAUAUGCAUUGCAACAGGCUUGGAUUCGGCGCCGACAAGCAUCGCUGUGGGAGCAGCAGUUCGGCAAAGCGAGGGAAGAGGGUCGCGCGUUCAUGAAGGAUCACCGGCUGGAUGGUAUCUGCACGGCGGCGCUGGUGGCGAUCCCAGGCGAUGAGGAACGGGCGGAGCUCAAGAGGAUGAAGAGAAAGACUAGGCAGGGUUGGCAUAGCCUGUUGGCGUCGGACUGA